GCGCCUCUGAAUUCUACCGCUGUGCGCGGCUCCUUCAUCUCCCAUAUUUAGAUGGCGAGCACGGUUUGAAGAGGAGCUCACAAAACUCGCCUCAGGCUAGAUAACACCCGGCGAAUCGAUGUCAAGAACAACUUCUCACUGCCGGUACUCUUACUCUACUUGUUGAACCAACUCCUCAUUCAGUGCUUUACAUUUAAUCAGAUUUGAAACAAUAAUUUCUGAUUUAAUUAUCCGAUUUUAAUACAAAUGGACAAUUGAACUCUUAUUGAGUUUUUUUUCUUCUUCUUCUGUGGUGCUACUUGUAAAUAACAUAUAUAUUUUUUAUUGGUGAAUGUGUCCUUAAAAUGUCGUAUCAAUGCUUGCUCUUCUACAGGCAGAGCCUUCAACUAUGAUGAAUGGUAGUUUGUACGAGGAAACUUCCAACAGCCGUUCCAGCGUCGAAGUUGUUCAAUCAGCGAACACCGGUCCUCUUCACAUUCCAGCGAAGCGUGUUCAAGCUACCAGUCUGGCGGUAUCAGCGUACGGUCACUCCGAUUGCGGAGGUGUGGUGGAAGGAGCAGGAGGUGCCCUGGGGGGCGCAGGUACGGCGGGUGGGGUCAUACGCCACAGUCACCAUCAUCCCGCCACCCAACCUUGGGGUGCUUACGAGAAUCAUUCGGCGUUCGACAGUCACCCGUCACAGUACAACCAGUCUUCUCUGUGCAGAGAAAGCAUGACUCCCAGCUACUACUACAACGAUCAUCAUGCGAGGGCAGAUCGAAAGCCCCCCAUAAAGUUCUGGUCAAACACUUAUGACCUACCCAGUGCUGGGCCCAGCACUGUUGCAACUACGGACACUUGCCAAACUUUUGCUCCUCAGUCCUGGUGUAAUUAUGCACCUUAUUCUGGGAGGCAUAUGGAUCAUCACGGGGCCCAAUCAGUCACCUACCUCUCGACGGAAGACCGGGCACGGGCCCCUAUGGAUGGCUUUACACAUACGGAUAGCUACACCCUGAGGACUUUUGCUGCCGCAGAAAACCAUCCACAACCUACCUAUGUCCCAGCAGUUUCCGAGACUGUUGUAACAAACCCUUUGGAAUGGACGGGGAACGUCACGGUUCGUAAGAAGCGCAAACCAUACUCUAAAUUCCAAACCCUGGAGCUGGAGAAAGAAUUUCUCUUCAAUGCCUAUGUUUCAAAGCAAAAAAGAUGGGAGCUGGCGCGAAAUUUGAAUCUGACGGAACGCCAAGUCAAAAUUUGGUUCCAAAACCGGCGAAUGAAAAGUAAGAAAAACAGCCAAAGGAACAGCGAAAACAACCAAAACAAUAACAAUACGGUGGUGAAUGCCAAUGGCCAGACGAUAGCACAAUCAGUCAAAUAAAUCUUAAUCCAUGAUUUAAACAACAAACUAUAAAUUGUUGUUCUUCCCGAUGUCAUAAGGAAGGAGUUCCAUUUGCAAUAUGUGUGUGCUGUCGAACAUUGAACAUUCCACAUUACACCGGAAGCUGCACAUACUACCGUUUGCAAACGAUUAUCUAUAAAUAUGAUCUGGAAAUUAAUCUAGUUUGUUAAUGGUGUUCAUUCUAAAAUUUAAUUUCAUUCGAACAUUGGAAUAUUGAAUUUUCAACUUCAAGAUGUAAAAAGAGUACAAAAAAAAGUUAAACGUUUGAAAUUUGCAUAAGGUUUUCGUGCAAUGUAUAGAUUAUCCAAUAUAUUAAUCUGAAAAUAUAAUAAAAUGAAAGAAAGCAGAUUGGUUUUGAAUAAACUAGAGUGCUAUUAAAUAUAAUUAUCUACAGAACUUUUAAUAAAACCACAUUAUUUUUGAAUAAAUAUAAUUUUUUUUGAAUUUUUUAAUAUGUUGAUUCUAUAUAUAUGUGUCAUAUCUGAUUUCAAAAUAUUUAUAUAAAGCAAAUUAAUUUUUUUCAAGUUUUUUUCAACUUUAAUUGUUAAGUUUUAUAGCAAAUUUAUAUUUACGUUUAAUAGUUUUCAAGUUGAGGAAUUAUUGUUGUUUUAAUGUUCUAUUUUUAAGACAUGUGAUUUCAAAAUCAGCUUAAUCCAUUUUCAAAUAUGUAACUGAAUACACACACUGAAUAAAAAAAAAAAAAAUGGUAUUUAUGUAAAGAUUUGAACUAAAGCAUGCUUUUCAAUGAAACUUAAUUAUAUGAUUGUUUUAAAAUAGUUUUAAUUUGCAAAAACAUUUUAGUUUUUGAACACAAUAAAAUUAAUUAAGGUUUAACAGGAAAUAAUCUGUUAAUUAUGACAGGCAUGUUGAAUGCAACUCACAUUAUAUUGAUGGAGUAUAAAAAUUAAAUUUUUUAUUAAAUUUGUCAUUAAAUUAAAUUAAAUUUAAAUUAUUACUGUCAAUGAGUAAAAUAUUGGUAUUUGACAGAUAGACCAGUCAUUGUAUAGAGUACCUGGACAUUUAAGCAAAGUAUGAAACACGAAAAUUGUUAUACAGAGUGUUCUGUGAGGACCACUUUUAAUCUGUAUUUUUAAAAUUUUUAUCAAAAGCUUAAAACUAAAAAUUAUGCACAUGGGAGUCAGAAAUUAAAAUUUAAGUGAGGAGAAAUUAAAACGUUUAUGAAAUCUGGCAAACUUUAUUAGACAUGAGCAAAUGUAAUACGCAUAAAAAAGCUUUGAUUGAAGGUUGAAGCUUGAAAGCUUAUAACCAUCUUUCACCUUUUUAGAACACUCUGCAUACUUUGUCUAGUCAUUAUUUAGAAUGCCUUGGAAUAAGUGCUUGAUAUGUAAAAUGCUUGUUAAGCAAAAUUAGAAAUAAGAGAGUUCUUAUAUAUUUUGCCUAUGUUAUAUUUAACUAUAGUUUUUUUUAUUUUUUUUAAUUUUUUUUUAUCAUUCUACAGAAUGCUUGCAUAUUGUGGGAAAUAUUCAUACUUAGCCAUUCAAUUUUUGGCAUUCUAUACAAUGACUAGGGUUUGCUAUUGACUAUCCUAUUAAAUUAAUUAAAGGUAACAUAAAUUUAAACAGUAUUCCGGGUUUUAAAAAAAGGAAAGUAAGGAAAAGAACUAAAGAAAUUUAGAGAAAUAAUCAAAAUUAUCAGAAUUUCUGAUGUACGCUUAAAAAUUCGAAAUAUAAACUAAAAGAAAGCCUGAAAUUUCAAUAAAAAAUCAUAACAUUGAAUUAAGCUGGCAUUAAUAUCAAAGAUUUGGUUUGGAUCUAAUUCUUAAAUCGCUGACAAUUUCCGCCAAUAAAAACUGUCAUCAUUUUUUGCGUAAGUUUUUUCUGACAAAAUUAGGCAUUUCUUAAGAGAAUUUAUAUUACAAACAUUAAAUAAAAUUGUUAAUUAUCUCCUUAUGUUAAAACAUAUCAAUUUAAUUUAAUGAAUAAAUCCGUUUAUUCUAAAUCUAGAAUAACUAUUUAAAAUUUAUUGUCGAAAUAAAAUUUAAAACAAUUUAAGCACCAUUUUCGUUCAAAAUAUACCGUCUGGAAAUCACGAGAUGUGCUAUCAGUGGAGGUUUAUCUCGCGAUUUCCAAAUAGUAUUUUAUCCAUGAAAUCAUGCAAAUUAAAAGCUGGCGGUAUACAUAGAUACUGAUUAAUUGUUCUUAUUGUAAAUUGUUCUUAGUUAUAUUUAUUUCAUUUCUUUGAAGAAUAGUCGUAGAUUUGAAAUACGAUAUUUCACGAUUGGAAUUUGUAACAUAGCCUAGAAUUAGAAGUUGAAUGUCGCGCGGAAAGUGCAACAUUCUUUCAUUUUCUAUGUACCUUGUAUUUGCUUCAGUAUGUACAUAUUUUCGUUAUUUGUUGCAUAGUUAUGUACAUUGCAAAAUUAUUGUUUUCUAUUUUAUUAAUGUUUUCUCAGAGUUUUGUUUAA